AUGGGUGCCACUGGUGCUGGGACCUGUCCAUGCCCAGGGCGCUGCCCGUGGCCGCUCUCCUUCCUGCGGCCCUGCUUGGCCUGGUUCUGCCCAGAGGACGAGGGACUCCGGGACGGUGUCGCCCACAAGCCCCAUGGCAUCGACAACCCAGUCGCCUGCCGCCCGCUGCCCACAUUGCCCGACCCGCUGCCCGACCCGCUGUCCGACCCGCUGCCCCAGCCGGGUGGCUUCUUCGUGGCCCUGUUUGACUACCAGGCUCGCACAGCCGAGGACCUGAGCUUCGUGGCCGGUGCCCGGCUGCAGGUCCUGGACAGGUCGCACCCAGGCUGGUGGCUGGCACGCCUCCUGGGCCACAGCGGAGCCGACCCGGGUCUGCAGCGCCAGGGCUACGUGCCCUCCAACUACUUGGCCAAGGACCAGAGCCUGCAGGCCGAGCAGUGGUUUUUUGGUGCCAUCAAGCGAGUGGAUGCAGAGAAGCAGCUAUUGUACUCGGGGAAUGAGCCCGGUGCCUUCCUGAUCCGGGAGAGUGAGAGCCAGAAAGGAGACUAUUCCCUGUCAGUGCUCGACGGGCAGGUUGUCAAACACUACCACAUCAAGAGUCACGACGAAGGCGGCUUUUUCCUGACUGACAGAUGCAUCUUCCCCACCCUGAAGUCAUUUGUGGAUCACUACAGCACGGACAGAGAUGGUCUCUGCAUCAGGCUCAGAGACCCAUGCCUGAAGAAAAAGAUCCCAGCCCCUUUCGACCUGUCGUAUAUGACCUCGGACCAAUGGGAGAUAGACCACAGCUCUCUGCAGCUCCUGAAACACCUCGGCUCGGGCCAGUUUGGGGAAGUGUGGGAAGGCCUGUGGAACAAUACCACCUCUGUGGCGGUGAAGAUGCUCAAACCAGGCUCCAUGAACCCCACGGACUUCUUGAGGGAGGCCCAGAUCUUGAAGAACCUCAGACACCCCAAUGUCAUCCAGCUGUAUGCCGUCUGCACCCUGGAGGACCCGAUUUACAUCAUCACCGAGCUCAUGAGGCACGGAAGCCUGCAGGAAUACCUCCAGAAUGAUGGGGGCUGCAGCAUCCUUCUAACUCAGCAGUUAGACAUGGCGAUCCAAGUGGCUGCGGGCAUGACGUAUCUAGAGUCUCAGAACUACAUCCACCGAGACCUGGCGGCCCGCAACGUACUCGUGGGCGACCACAGCACGUACAAGGUGGCGGACUUCGGACUCAGCCGAGUGUUCAAGCCAGUGGAGUGUGACAAGGGGGACCCCGAGAGCGAAGGGGGCAUCUACGAAGAGGCUCAGGGCAUGAAGCUGCCCGUGAAGUGGAUGGCCCCUGAAGCCAUCCAUGCCAAAAAGUUCAGCAUCAAGUCUGACGUGUGGUCAUUUGGGAUCCUGCUCUAUGAAAUCAUGACCUAUGGGAAGACACCCUACACCGGGAUGAAUGGUGCGAUGGUUAUCCAGAAGUUGAAUCAAGGAUUUCGCCUUCCACUGCCCCCAAACUGCCCCCUGCCCCUUUACGACAUCAUGGUCAGGUGCUGGGCAAGUGACCCGAAGGAGCGGCCUGGCUUCGGCGAGCUGUACGAUCUCCUGGAAGACUUGUCUUUCGGCCAGUAGGCUCCCAGACCCGAGCCUGCCCGGACUGAAGUGGGAGUCUGGGGUUUGACCUCCCUCUGGAUAAGCAGUGUGCGCGGCAGCCUGAAGUCUGCAAAUUAGGGACCCCCUUUGGCGGGUGAGGCUUUGAGGGCUGAGGGUGGGAUGUGGAGGGCAUUGAUGUCCUGAAAAUCCAACUGUGGGAGAAUCAAAGGAGCAGUGGGCAUUCUGGGAUGAGCACAAUGCUGCCAGGCAGGGCCAUUCAUUCAUUCACACAUUCAAUCGUAUUUAUUGACCGUUCAUUGGGUGCAAAGCACUGUACUAAACACCUGGGAGAGUACAAUACAAGACACAUUCCCUGCCCACAGUGAGCUCAAUCACUGUGCUGCUGCCUUUCAAGCCCCCAUCCCCUCCCCCCUGCUCUCUCCCAGGCUGACAAAUCCCUCUCUGUCCUGGAGAGAGCUUUGCACCCGUAUUUAUUGUUGAUGUAGUGAUCAAAAGAAUCAGCCCGGCAGAGAAGAUUUUUGCCUAGGAACUGCUGUUCCCUUUUUCUGUUUACUGAUUCAAGUUUACUGAUUAUUCCCAGCCCAUCUCCA